CACACUCCGACCGGAAGCAGAACUGUCUGUUCUGAGCCGCUCUCAGCUCCGGUGCGUGCCCAGGUGAGGAGAGGGAUGGGCUCGAAGGCCAAGAAGCGCGUGGUGCUGCCCACUCGCCCGGCGCCCCCCACGACGGAGCAGAUCCUGGAGGACGUGCGGGGCGCCCGCGCCGAGGACCCAGUCUUCACUGCCCUGGCCCCGGAAGACUCCCCAGGCUCCUCCCGGAGGGCUGAGAAUCCUGAGGCCCAGCGGGAGCAGCUCUACCAGCAGAGCCGGGCCUAUGUGGCCACCAACCAGCGGCUGAGACAAGCAGGUGAUGAGCUAAGACAAAGGUGUGAGGACCUUUGGCAAGCUGGCCAGGAGCUGGAGCAGGACGUCGUCCAGGUGAAGCAGGUGGCACUGUCAGGGGCCUCAACCACCUUCUCAGGCUGAACUGAUCCUUGGGCUCGCCUGAGCAUGCAGUCCCUGGAUAGUGCACCCCAUGGCCUCCUGUCACAUCGACAUGGGCCCCUGGGUCCCAGAAGCAGAUUCUGGGCUCUCUGUUUCAUGGCUAAGCCUGCCUUGGUAUCCGGAGACCCCAGGGGACAGAGCCUGCCGGUGUGUGGUUGCAGCAGGACCAGUGGAGAGUGAGGGGCACACCUGCCUCAGCCGGGCACAGGCCCAUUACCGAGGGUCAGGCCAGGCUUUGUGGAUGCCACUCACCCCCAGGCUUCUCUUCUGGGGCCUGAUUGCCGUCAGCCUGGACUUGGUUUGGGGCCUCAGGACCCAUCCUCCCUUUCCUUCUUUUGGUAACCCUGCUCACUGAUCACCCAUUAAACUGAGCCUGUCUCUGUAUGAACUGUGGGGCCCCCAGAGGUUCCAGAAGACAAUGGGAGUUCUGUCCUUUCUCACUUUGGUGGCUGUGGCCAUGUGAGGAGAGAUUGCCCAGUAGGGCCCAGCUCUGAGAUGGGGCCUCCAGUGGCGCUGAGCACCUCAAUCUAAGGCAUGGGCUUUCCCCUAGGGUAGCACUUGUGUGACCGGUUCAUGGUUGGGAUGCAGGACCAACCUGUUGGCUGUGGAUGCUGGCCUAGCCUGGGCUCCCAAGAUAGGACAGGCUGGUCAGUUAUUACUUGCUUGGAGCCCUCAUCCGGCCACCUCCGUCCUGGCAGACCAAGCCGUCAUGGGUAUCCCCAACAAGUCCCUCAGAUGAAAUCCCCACGGCCUACCUCCUAAUGUCUCAAAGUGUCCUGCUGCCCUGGGCUGGGAGGUCACCCCUCCCUGCAUGUCCCUGGCCUUCAGGUUGGGUCACCUGAGUCUGAGUCUAGGGGCUCCAGAGCCCUCCCUCAUGCCAGGAUCACGGUGAGACACUUCAGCUACCUUCUAUGCAUCCGCCAGUCCUGAGUGCUCUUCUUGCACAAAUCCCACAGCCUGAUCUGCCUCUAGCACAUGGACCCAGGGCGGGCACUCUGGAUGGAAAACCCACAAAGUACUCCAGCCCCACCCACCCAGUCCUCACCCACUUGAAAAUAGCUGUGGAGAGCAAGAUUCAACAGCUCCAUUUAUUAAAGGUGCACAUAAGA